GUCAAGGAGGUUGGCCUGGAGAGAAUUUUAGAUGCUUUAUCUUUUGGUCAUUUCCUUCUACAGACAGAGGCAGUUAAUUUGAUUUUUCUCUUUAUGAUCAUGAAUUUGACAAUGUCAAUGGUCAUUUUCCUUUAGUAAAAGAUUUUCCUUUUUUUUCUCUCCAGUUUUAGCUUAUUAUUUCUAAACGUGUGUGAGUUAAAUGUAUCUCUCUGGGCAGGAUGACAUACUGUAUUCCUCUUUCAAAAUGGAUAUGCUCACAUUUCUUCAUCAGAUAGAAAAGCCGGCAGUCACUGAAAUAAAGCCUUGAAGUUCCUUCCUCUUUUUCAGUGUCUUAAGGACAGGAAGUACAGAAAUGAAGAGGAUCCUAAGGGUGGAGCUCUGAGGGGAAAUGUCCUCUACUCUGACCACAGAACCAAUGUCCUGCAGUGAUGACAGGGACCCAGGGAGAAUGAUGCUUUAUUUGGGCUGGAUAUUUCUUUGGCUUAUCGCAGGAGGGAGCAUCAAAGGACUGAAUAUUCCAGGUUGCUUCACUGAAAAGCCGCUUAGAACAUACUCUGCAAGGUGUGGGGAGGAGUUUGUCUUGUUUUGUGAUUUGCCAGAGCCACAGAAAUCCCAUUUCUACCACGGAAGUCGGCUCUCACCCACCCGAGGCUCUGAACACCUGCCUUGUAGUGGUAAUAAGAACCUCUCUGAUGUCCAGUGGUACCUGCAGCCUCAGAAUGGAGACCCAGCAGUAGAAAUCACUCAGAAUGCUCCUCACGUCAUCCAGGAGAAGAGCAGCCUUCAUUUUCUGACCACAGGGAUACACCAUGCUGGGUUAUACAUGUGUAGACCUAGGAUGAGGAGCCCCCAAGAGAAUGCCUGCUGUGUCUGGAUGAUCUUAGAAGUUAAGCCCCAAACAAAUAUGUCCUGUGAGAGUUCUGUCUCACAUGAGCAACACCUUCUUCUUGGUAGCAUGAGCUCCAUUUACUGCCCAGGUCUCAGCCACCAAAGUGAUGCACAAAGUCCAGAGGUGACCUGGUACCAGAAUGGAAAACUUCUCCCUGAAAACAGGAGAAACCCAAUUGAAGUGGAUGAAGUUUAUGACUAUCACCAGGGCAUGUAUGUGUGUGAUUACACUCAGACAGAUAAUUCAAGUUCAUGGACAGUAAGAGCUGUUAUUCAAGUGAAAACCAUUGUGAAGAACACUAAUCUCAAACCAGAUAUUCUGGAUCCCAUCAAGGACACCUUGGAAGUAGAACUUGGAAAGCCUUUAACUCUUAACUGCACGGCACGAUUUGGCUUCGAAAUAAACUUUAAUCCUGUGUUAAAAUGGUACAUGAGAGAUUCUGACCAGGAGUGGGAAAUCAAAACACCCAAGGGAAGAAGUGUUAAAUCCACCUUAAAGGAUGAAGUCAUAGAACGUGUUGUCUUCUUGGAAAAAGUUACUCAGAGUGAUCUUCACAGGAAGUUCAUUUGCUUUGCCCAGAACUCCAUUGGGAACACUACUCAGUCCAUCCAGCUAAAAAAGAAGACAGGAGCGGUGUUCCUGUAUGUCCUCCUGGGCACCGUCAUGGCCCUGGCAGGCCUGCUGACCGCAGGCGCGCUGCUCUACAUGUACUGGAUUGAAAUAGUGCUGCUCUACCGAACAUACCAGAGCAAGGAUGAGACGCUCGGGGACCAAAAGGAGUUUGACGCCUUUGUAUCCUAUGCGAAAUGGAGCCCCUUUGAGAGCGAGGCCUCUUCGUCUCUGAGUGAGGAAAACUUAGCCCUGAAUCUUCUUCCUGAUGUUUUGGAAAACAAAUAUGGAUACACCCUGUGCUUGCUAGAAAGGGACGUGACCCCCGGGGGAGUGUACACAGAGGACAUUGUCAGCAUUAUUAAGAAAAGCAGGAGGGGAAUCUUCAUCUUGAGCCCCAACUAUGUCAGUGGACCCAGCAUCUUUGAACUACAAGCAGCGGUGAAUCUGGCUUUGGAGGAUCAAACACUCAAACUGAUUUUAAUUAAGUUCUCUUCCUUCCAAGAGCCAGAGUCCCUACCUCAUCUAGUGAGAAAAGCUCUCAGGGUUUUGCCUACCAUCACCUGGAAAGGCUUAAAAUCAGUUCCUCCCAACUCUAGAUUCUGGACCCAAAUACGCUACCAUAUGCCUGUGAAAAGCUCCAGGGGAGUCACGUGGAACCAUCUGAGAAUUAUCCCAUGGAUUUUUUCUCUGGAAAAGACAGAACCCACUGGGAGGAGCUCCCAGCCUGGAGGAUGGUAAAAUGGAUGCUGAACUGCCUCCCCCUGCCUCCCAUCCUGUCCCUGGUGAGCAGAGACCUUGAUGGAUGGAACACACAGCACACACCAGGCUGAUGUCACCGGGAAGGGUCCUGCCAGCCCUGAGCAAGCCUGGUCGGCACUGGAAUGAACGGAAGCUGUGGUGCAAGGCUCUGAUUCCCUGGACAGGACAGAGAGAGGGCGAAUUCUCCAGACUCCUGCACAUAUUCAGCCCACAAAGUCCCUAAGAUUUUCCUAGUGGUCUGAGCAGAAUCGGCAGAUACAGCCACUUGUUUUUGUGGCCAUGGACUGUUGUGUCUGUUAUGUAUCGUACACAUCACUUUUUAUAUCUUUGCAAUCAAAUAAAUAUUACUUUAUUAGAAACAAGUGAUUGAAACUGCCAGAAGCAUCUCUGUGAAGAAGAUGAUUCUUAUUCUGUGUUCGCCAUUCACUGGAGCCCAGAAUGCAAGGAGGAAAAGAGAUACCAGGGGUCAAGGACCAGACAGGACCUUGGUUCAUCUCUACUCGAGGUGUCCUCGAGGGAACUAGAAGGAAGACCUCCUUCUUCUUGGCUGACACAGCCCUAAGUCAGGACACAGGCCUUAGGGAGCAGAGUGGGGUUAAUUUCAGCUCCUCCUUGUCCCCUGGUCUUUGUACAGGGCCUGAAGUCCAUGCUUUACUCUGGAUCACAGGAAGUGGGGACCAAUUAAGCCAACGUGAUUUGGCCAAUGAGGAGACAAGGAAUUGCGUGCGUGUGUGUGUGUGUGUGUGUGUGUGUGUGUGUGUGUGUGUGUGUGUUAAGUCACUUCAGUCCUGUCUGACUCUUUGCAACCCUGUGGACUGUAGCCUGCCAAGUUCCUCUGUCGAUGGGAUUCUCCAGGCAAGAAUACUGGGAUGGGUUGCCAUUUCCUUCUCCAGGAGAUCUUCCUGACCCAGGGAUCUUAUGUGCAAAAUACUGUGUUGGCCUGAAAGUUCGUUCAGGUUUUUCCGUAAGAUGUUACAGAGCUUUUUGACCAACCCAAUAGAAAGACAGUGGCAAGAGGCAGCAGCCAAGACAACAGUCUGGGAAAUAAUUGUCUACACUGGUUAACAGACAGCAGUGUUAGGGCUUGAAGAGUGCUUAAGUCUGAACCACUGGCCCACUGAGACUGGGGGUCCCCAUGUGCUUCCUGCCCCUCUGGUCUCCGUGUGUUCCUCGUAAGUGAUGGACCAUCCACUGGGGGACCAAGUACCUGUUUCUCCUGCACAAGGCUCAUUUCAUUCUCACCAGUGCGUUUUCCUGAUGGAGUUCAACCUGCAGUUAAAACAGUGUUCUAGUCACAGGCGGAUGUCCGAAUGUCACGCUCUGUCUUCCUCAUUCAUUGUUGUUGUUCAGUUGCUAAGUCGUGUCCAGCUCUUUGCAAACAAUGGACUGCAGCACGCCAGGCUUCCCUGUCCUUCACUAUCUCCUGGAGCUUGCUUGAGCUCAUGUCUGUUGAGUCAGUGAUGCCAUCCAACCAUCUCAUCCUCUGUCUCCCCUUCUCCUCCUACCCUCGGUCUUUCCCAGCAUCAGGGUCUUUUCCAAUAAGUCGGCUUUUUACAUCAGGUGGCCAAAGUAUUGGAGCUUCCCCCAUAGAAGGGAACGAUUCGUUUGUGCAGUAAAGCAAAGCAGCUUCCGGGCUGAUUCACACAUUAUGUGUCCCAUUCACUGGUAUGAGCGUGAUCCAGGUCUAAAGUCAUUGUCAUCUGGCCACUGCUUAGUGUCUGUGGGAAACGCCCUGACGUAUCUUUGCACAGAGGCACCCACAUCACAAAAACCACGGUGGCCUGGCGUCCAGCAGCAUCCUUGUUGGGAAUUUCAGUGAUAAAGUUAAAGAUGAGUUCCAGGGUACAAAUUAUUCCUGGACGAAGUUUCUUGUGGGAAGCCUCAUUGCAGGGUCUCAGAAGGGAAGGAGGCACACAGCCGUUGUGCCAUGGGGUCAGGGGGAUGACCUGAGUCCUUGGUUUUCCGGUCGGUCACUCUCAGAGACCUAAGCCUCAGAAAUCUCUUUUGGCCAGUUUAUCCAGGUUUCUUUUAUUCUAGAAUAAGCAUGGCCAUAACUGAUAUUUGCGGAGGUCCAGAGUUUUGUUCUUUUUAAAAUACUUAUUUAUUUAUCUGGCUGCGCUGGGUCUUAGUUGCAGCAUGUGAGAUCUUCAGCCUUCAAUUUGGCAUGUGAGACCUUUAGUUGAGGCAUGUGGAAUCUAUUUCCCUGACCAGGGAUCACACCCAGGCCCGCUGAGUGUGAUCAGGGAAUGCUGAGUCUUAGCUACUGGACCACCAGGAGGUCCUUGGAGUUUUGUUCCUAGAUUAACCAAAGCUUAUUUCUGCAUACACACAAUAAAGAAACUAGGUCUACCACUGAGAGAAUACACUCUUUCAGGCCAAUAGGUGCAACUGAGGAUGACAAAUUAACAUUUAGGAUAAAGCUUUAUUUACAGUUCUUACAGGUAAUUCAAUCAGAUAAGGUGGACGGCCAAAACAAACGUGUAUAUACAGGAGACUGAUGGUAAUUAAACAACUGAUCUCGGUAAAAUACAAUGUGAAGGAAUAAUUGUUUUUUCCCACCACACCUUCUAAAUAAGGUGCCCAUAUGUUCUGGUUCUGCUUUACACCUGUUGUCCAAGUAUGGUUUUCAUAGGGAGAAUAUAAUUUCUGAUUCUGAAAAUGUGUCCCACUUUAGAGGGUGGUCAUCUUUCCUCUAGGGCACGUUGUAGAAUGGUCUUUACCGACCCUGAGUGAUAUCUCAGGCAGAUCUGACAAUGUCCCUGGUCUCACCUGGGUUUUAAUACCCACAUUUACUAUCUAUACUAUUGCCUUUCCAGACUGUAGUACCAGAUAAGAUGGAGUAAGCAUUCAACCACCUUUUCCCCACUCAUUGUAGCUAUGAAGCUUGGAUUAGAUGCAUAUAGAAAUCAGUUUGAUUUUUAAAAUAUGACACAACCAAACCUAUCUACGAAACAGAAACAGAAUCACAGACAUAGAGGAAAAACUGGUUGCCAAGGGAGCAGAGG